AUGGUAGGGGCACUGGGCACUCAGUCGGAAGCAGGCAGGACCGGGUGGCCUCCAGACCUCGAGCUUGGAAAUGGGAUGCCAACCAUCGUCAGGACUGCUGAAACAGGGAUGACAUUUGGGAAGGCGCAAUUGCUGCAGUGGAUGGUGAGCAGUGGGCCUGCUGCCAUAUCUGCUGAAGCACAAGCAUGCGAAGCGGGCUCGACAGCAGCUGUACAGAAAGUGUUGGUGGGUAAUUUGAAGGAAAAGAACUGGAUGGUUAACAUCAGCAGUGGGAAAGAAUUUUCUUUCUGUAAACCAGUAUGGUUAAACGACAUGGGGCAUGGAGCUUGGGAUGACGAGGAACCAGGCCCCAAUGAGAAAAACCUAACUACUUCAGAGGCAGGCCAGGGAGAGGCGCAUAAGUUCCUUGGAAUGAUGGUGAACCUUUUUAUGCACCGCUGGCUGCCAGUAUGGGAAUUAAUGUUUAUAGACUAUACUGGACAUGCCAGAAAGUUAGCUCUUCACCUUAUCGGCAUCAUGGAUUCUCCCGAUGGCAUGCCUUUUCCAAGAAUGGAUAAAGGGUUUCUCGAUCUUGGCCCAGAUUUAGCUCUCAACGGAUGUGAGCUGGUCCUUCUUAUGCAGGAGCAGAGGGAUACAUUCGGUCAGGUACUAGAGAAACUGCACAUUGGACUGACUAGCAGCAGGGGCCUCAAAGCUAUACUGAAAACAGACGUUGAGAAGACAUGCCCUCCCCAGGUGAUGCACAUUUACUCGCCUGAAGCGGCAAGGACUGGAGAGUCUCCCAAUAAUAUCGCCGUUAUCUCUUGGAUGACAAAUGUGGAGUGGAAGAAAGAGGUGCCAGAGGUCAGGGCUGAGAUCAUGAGCAUACAGUCGGAGCAGAGGAAGCUGGUUGAGGCAGUGAAAGCUCAUCACUAUGACAAGAUUAGUUUUCCUCCUGGGCAGAAAAAACAGUAA